AUGGCCUUCUCAAUGCACUCCCACUCCGGGCAAUUCUGUCCCGGACAUGCGCAAGAUCAGCUCGAGGACAUCAUCCUCGCUGCCAUUGCACACGGCAUGACAACCUACGCCGUAACUGAACACAUGCCCCGUGACUCGAACGAAGACUUAUACCCAGAAGAAAUCGAGGGUGGCUACACCACCGAACCGCUGCUAGCUAUGCACUACGCAUUCCUCGCCGAAGCCGUUCGCCUCCGGCAAAAAUACAUAUCUCAAAUCCACAUUCUCAUCGGAUUCGAAGCCGAGUGGAUUCGGCCGUCCUACUCUAAGCUCAUCUCCACCCUCUCUUCAGACCCCCGGGUUGACUUCUUCAUCGGCAGCGUGCACCACGUGCACGGCAUUCCCAUCGACUACUCACCCACGUUCUACGCCCAAGCCGUAGAAAAGGCUACGACCGAAGAAAAAUUAUUUGCGGAUUACUUCGAUGCGCAGCAUGCUAUGUUAAAUACCGUGAGGCCCAAGGUUGUAGGCCAUUUUGAUCUUAUUCGCCUAUUUAGCUCGGAUCCUGAUGGGGAUUUGAAGGAGGGGAAAUGGGGAAAGGAUGUUUGGGAGAAGGUGGUUAGGAAUUUGAGGCUUAUCAAGGAGCAGGGUGGUUUGUUAGAGGUUAAUAGCAGUGCAUUGAGGAAGGGGAAGAAAGAGCCGUAUCCUGGACGGAGUGUGUGUGAGGCAUGGGGGGAGAUGGGUGGGAGGUUUACUCUGAGUGACGAUAGUCAUGGAGUACCGCAAGUGGGAACGAAUUAUCAGAAGAUGUUUAAGUAUUUAGGGGAGCUGGGGGUAGAAGAGGUUUGGGUAUUUGAGCGGAAUGAUAAAGAAGGGGAAGAGAGGUUGGUGAUGAAAAGCGUAGACAUGGCCGGUGUAAGGGCGAGUUUUAGAGAAUGA